AUGGUCCUUCUUUCAAAAUUCUCAACCAUUGUUGGAUGGAACUCUGCUAUAAGAGAAUCUGUGAACCAAAACCGUCCCCACAAAGCCCUCCUUCUCUUUUUCCAAAUGAAACAAAAUGGUUUGGAACCUAACAAAUUCACCUUUCCCUUCUUGGCUAAAGCAUGUGCCAAGCUCUCCAACCUCAAAUUCUCCCAAAUUAUUCACACCAAUGUUUUAAAAUCACCAUUUCGGUCAGAUAUCUUUGUGCAAACAGCAAUGCUCGAUAUGUAUGUCAAGUGUGAUCAGUUGGCUGAUGCCUACAUUCUGUUUGAGAGAAUUCCCAUGAGAGACGUGGCUUGCUGGAAUGUGAUGCUUAUGGGUUUUGCGCAAUUGGGAUUUCUUGAUAAAGUGUUACGUUUGUUUCAUGAGAUGAGGUUUGCACGAAUUCUGCCUGAUACCAUCACGGUUAUGGGGUUGACUCAGGCAAGUUUGGAGACAAAGAAUUUGGCACUGGUGAAAGCCAUUCAUGCAUUUGGAAUUCAGAUUGGGAUAGAUGGAGAUGUUUCAAUGGCUAACACUUGGAUCUCUGCCUAUUCCAAAUGCGAUGACUUAAGUUCGGCCAUGGCUGUCUUUAAUGGAUUGAAAUUGGCAUGA